CUUUAUAACCAUUGCCAUGUUUUUCUCUAUACAGGGUCCUACAAACAGCAUGUUUAGCUCAAUUUCUGGAGGUUCAACUGGUAUAACAACCGCAAACCUAACGGCUGCCUCAAUUCUCCCAUCUCUGCAAUUCAUUUUGCAGCAGAACUCCACACAGAGGGAAGAACUUAUGAAAUUGAUCAAGUAUGUGGAACAAACCUCUGGUAAGCAUGCUGAGUCAACUGAGGUUGUCACAAGUGACCUGUUGCAGAUGCCUCCUGCUACCACCAGAGAGAGAGAUCUGCAGUCUCAGGUGUUUCAUAUGCAGCAAAGUAUUGGGAGCCUUGUUGAGGAAUUGCAGAGGCAGAAGAUGAAAAAUGCCCAGUUAGAAAGACAACUAAAUACUUUGGUGAACAAAGAGGAGGAUGCACAAUGAUGUUUUUCAUAUUACCACCGCCUUGUGAACAAAAAGAAGCAUAAUUUCUUUAUAGUUGGUUGAGGAAGCCGAAUUUCUACCGGUUGAUUAUUUCUUCAGUGGCUAGCGAGGGUCUUCAAGGUACUUUCGAAGGUAUAGGGCAUUUUUUAUUGUAUUUUAGUGUAUCAUAUGUGUGAACGUGUGUAAGGCAGAUACCCAAUUUUGAAAUGCUAUUCCUUGAGUCACUCUAUCGUGUAAUUUAUUGACUGCUUUUGUAAUUAUAUUCAGUUUGGUCCUCUCUAUGUACUAGCCUCGUUUUUUUUUUAGUCCCCCGGAGCGGGGGUGUUCUUAUUGUUAUUUGUAAGAUACAAGAAAGGACAAAUAUUUUCAUUGUGCAAAAAAAAAAAAAAAAAA